AUGUCAGAAAGUCAGCCACUGAGGCACUCGGCCAGCUGCGCCUUCCACUCGCUAGAUGGCGUUGCGGCGGAAAGUGAAGGUGUUCGCUUCAUACGGCUCCGUGAGGAUGCUCAGGUGGGCAAGGAAAUUCUUAGACUGCAGGCCUAUCCACGCUCUAGUGUCGCCCUCAAGGGCGCCGAUGCCACCGGCGAUCACAAGUACUUCAAUCUAACGGAACACAAUGCCACAACUCUCGUGGUUAGCCUGGCGCGUUCUCUGGAGCGUCUCGUCGAUCGGGAUGUGCCCAGGAAUCUGCUCAAGUUUCGCAUACUCUGCGCCGGCAAGCACGAGAAGCUCGAAGAGGGCAGCUAUCUUUCCAUCACUGUCUACAUAGAGGAUGUCAACGAUAAUGCACCCGAGUUUCUCAAUGUGCCCUAUGUGGUUGAUGUGGAUGAAAAUACAUCGGUUGAUAGCAUCAUCUUUGAUGGCGUGCAAGCAUUUGAUCGAGAUAAGCCCAAUACGCCCAACUCGGAGGUGCAGUUCACCAUGUCCACAGUUCCAGAACAGCUAUCUGCAGAUGGUAGACCAUAUUUUAUACUAAAAAGUCCGCAUCGACCGUUGCUUAUACUUAAGCGAGAGCUGGACUUUGAUAAUGGCAUACGUCAGUUCAAGUUGCCCAUCAUUGUCUGGGAUCGUGGGACGCCCGCCAACCAGGCGAACACCACGAUCACCAUCAAUGUUCGGGAUGUGGAUGAUCUGCCGCCCAAGUUCACUGAGGGUGUCUAUCGCACCAGGAUCAACGAGUUCUAUCCGAUGACAGGAAUGCCCGUACGUAUUCCGCUUUACUUUGCGCCACCGAUAAUGGCAUUCGAUCAGGAUUCACUUAAUGCCACACUCGUGUAUGACAUCAUUUCGGGGAAUGAACGGCAGCUGUUUCGGGUUAAUGCCCACAAUGGGGUUAUGUAUCUGCAGAAAGAGAUCGAUCUGGAGGAGGAGAGUCUGCCAGGAAACACUUUUGUGGUUCAACUAGAGGCUAGACAGAAGGAUAAUCCACUGAAGAAAGCCCUAGCACGCAUCGAAGUGGAGGUGCUCGAUUUGAACGACAAUGUGCCCGAAUUCGAGGCGGAUUUCUACAAUAUAUCCAUUGUGGAGAAUCUGCCCACUGGCUUCAGUGUAUUACAGGUGAAUGCCAUUGAUCGAGAUCAGGGUGAAAACUCCGAGUUCGUCUACAAUCUUGUGGAGAACCAAACAGCUUCGGGUGCAUUUCGCAUUGACUCGCGCACCGGCUGGAUUACAGUGCGCGAUGAUCGAUUGCUCGAUCGGGAGCAACGCAGAUCCAUUCAGCUGAGAGUGGAGGCACUGGAACGUAAUCCCUCCUAUCUCGACGAUAAGCAUCUGAAGGCACCGGGUCCCAAUAUGGUGCGAGUGGACAUCACACUGCUCGACAGCAACGACAACAAUCCCAAGUUCGAUCAUGGUAAUUUAUUCGAGUUCAAAGUGCCUAUCACAGCAGCAGUGGGCUCGAAAAUUGGUCGGGUGGUCGCCCAUGAUCCGGACGAGGGACCCAAUGGUCAGCUACUAUAUGAGUUACAGCGGCCCAAGGGCAGCGGCUAUAUACCCUUUCGAUUGGACAACAAAAAUGGCACUAUCUAUGUGGCUGGACCUUUGCGACGCGGUCGCAUUGCGGUAUUUGUGGAGGCCAGUGAUCAGCCAACGAAUCCCUCAGAGCGUCGCUUCUCCUUGGCUGUGAUCACCAUUGAGGUGUAUGCAACCAUCGAUGAUCAGGCCAUUGAUUUUGUGGGCGCACCCUAUCAGUUUUGGGUGGGAGCAAAUACACCGCUGGGCACAUCGGUGGGUCAGGUGCGCACCACACUGAUAUACGAUGGUGAGGAUGAAAUAAUGUACGAUCUUUUGCACACAUAUUCGGAGGGUGUACCAUUUGCCAUCGAGGAGAGAUCCGGCAUUAUCACAGUCAUCCGCGAGUUAUCCGAAUUCAAAAGGCAAAUCUAUAAUUUUGAAGCAGUGGCCAACUAUCUCUUUGCCAAUUCAUCGCAGCCGUUGGUCGUGUCACGCAGCUCACCUCCGCUGACAACAGCAGCCUCCCCAGAGCUCAACGAUGAGGGUGUCCUGAUAACGAACCUAACCAUACACAUAGUAAGCAAGCCAGCGCCGGACAAAAUUCCACUGCGACCAGUCAUUGAAGAAAUCAAUAUGAAUAUCAUCAACUUCCAUGUGGAGGAGAAUCUGGUGGGUGGCAUUAUUGGACAACUGCUCUACAAGAAUGCCCUGAAUGUGGCCAACAAUGAGUUGGGAAGCUUUCGCGAACUAUCCGCAGCUGUGGGAAGUGCCAAUCUUACCACGGGCAGUCGCUAUCGGAGUCGCAAUCGCAGUCGUAGUUCGAAGUCCAAGCGGCGACUGCCGCGGCGCCUGGCGGGGGACUCAAAUCUGAAGCUGCGCUACAUUAUAGCCAACCAGCAGGAGGUGAUCAAUAAGAUAACUAUCACCGAAGAUGGUACACUUCUGACCCUGAUUGGUUUGGAUCGGGAGCAGCAGGACAGCUAUGAGUUGACAGUGAUUGUGGAGUACAGCACGGGUCUGGUGAGCGGAGCUGGCAUCUAUCAGGUCAAUAUCAAGGUGGACGAUGUCAACGAUAAUGCACCCAAAUUUAGUGCACUCACAUACGUCGGCCUAAUCAAUGAGAACUGCGCUCUGGGCACCGAGCUCUCCAUGAAUCAGGCCAUCCAAAUCAACGACGCCGACGAGGGUCCCAAUGCUGAGUUUCGCGUCCAACUGCAGGGUGACUACAGCGAUCAGUUUAGCAUUGAGUAUGUUAAUUCAAGCAUUGGGAGUAAUAGUAGCCAGCACAAGCUGCCACCCAGCACGGGUGCCUUUAACAUAUUCAAUCUGACCGAUCAGUGGAAUGAUGAGUUCAAGUACCAGGAACUGCACACCUCGUUCAUGCAGUCAAAUUUCAAGCUCAGCACUGGUCCCUAUUUUCGUAUCAGCUAUUCGGGCAAGCGGGGUCUGGAUAGGGAGAAACAACAGCUCUACAAUCUGAAGAUUGUGGCCGCGGACAUUGGGGGACUGUCGGGCUAUGCGCAUCUCACCAUUCUCGUGGCGGAUGUCAACGAUAAUGGACCCAUAUUCGAGCGCAUUUCGGUGUUCAAGGAUUCUCGCUUGGAGAUACGCGAAUACAAUACGGAUAUGGAGAUCUACUUUGUGGAGAGCUCAAAUGGCAUGGUACUGCCACCAGCUGGUGCUGGUUCCAUGAUGAUGGCGCCACCAGCUUACCACAUACCCGGCUCGCCGAGAUUACACACGGAGAGGGAGAAGGCUCGCAGCGUUGGCGUUGGCGUUGUUGGUCGAGCUAAAUCACGACGUCGGAUGGCACGCGGCAUCCCGAUAAAAUGUCCUUUAUUCGCCAUAUAUGAGGACACGCCGGUGGGGGCCAAGCUGCUGCAGCUAAGUGCCAGCGAUGAGGAUUUCGGUCGAAAUGCCCAGCUCCACUAUGAGCUGCUGGGCGAGCAGGUGGAGCGAUCACCUGGUAUGCCAAUGAUCAAGCUGCAUUCCGUACGCCACUUUGCCAUUGACAAGUUGAGUGGCGAGGUAACCGUUAACUAUCCCUUGGCAGCUAACAUUGAGAUCUGGCUGAAUCUAAGCGUAACCGAUAUAGAUGGCUUAAGGGAUUCCACCUGCGUGCGCUUCACAGUCAUCGAUGUGAACAACCAUGUGCCGGCCUUUAAGAAGUCCUGGUACAGUUUCGACACAGCCGAGGGUGACUACAAGGACAGCGUGCUGGGUCAGGUGCUGGCUAUUGAUAUGGACUAUGGUGAGAAUGCGAAUAUAACGUAUUCGCUGGGUGAUCAGCAGCUGCCUUUUACUGUGAAGCCCACCUCGGGUGUGCUCAAGAUAAACGGGCAACUGGAUCGAGAGCUGCGGGCCAAGUACAAUUUCCACGUGAUCGCCAGCGAUAAUGCGGAGCCCAUGCAUCGUCUGUCGAGCAGCGUGGAUGUGGAGGUGAAUGUGCUGGAUAUCAACGACAAUCGGCCCGAGUUCAUUGGCUACGACGACCAGGCCAAGGCGGUCAAAUUUAUAGCCGACCUGGUGGAUCGCACAAUGAUGGUGCCCGUCUAUAAGGCGUAUCUGGAUCGCAGCACGCUGCCGGGCAUGUUUGUCAAGCAGGUGACUGCCAUUGACAAGGAUUAUGUGGGCAAUGGCAAUGGACUGGUGCUCUACUCCAUACUGCAUCAGGAGCUGCAUGCGCCCGUCUUUCAAAUAGACUCCCGCGACGGCACCAUUACCACGGUGUCCAACAUUCGUGGCUACAAUGACUAUGAGCACAUGAAUGUGUCUGUUAUAGCCUCGGAUCUUGGCAGUCCAGCGCUUUCCGCCACAGCAGUGGUCCUCAUCAAUCUGCAGGGUCAGGCAGUGACGGAGCCAACGGCGGCACCCAAGCCCGAAAUUCCGAUCAAUGUGACCAUCUUCCAGCACUCCUACUACGAUGUCCAGCUGACGGAGAACAAUGAAGCGCCUAUCGAGGUAAUGCGUCUUAAUCUGACAGCCGGCCUGAAUGCCGAAAACUAUCGCUGGUCGCUUUGGCUGGAGGAGGGUCUCGACGAGUCGGACGCCCAUCCACCCUUCGAAUACGAUGCCAAGAAUAUGCUGCUCUAUGCCCUCAAACCCUUCGACCGGGAGCAUAUCGCACGCUAUCAGCUGCGGGUUCGCGCCGAUCGCAUUAGUCGCGAGGCACGCAACUAUGCCAGAGUCUCCUAUCCGGUGGUGGAUGAGCGCGUCGAGGGACUCUCGCUCAGCGAGUGCCGCAUCCUGGUGCGCAUCACAGAUGAAAAUGAUAAUUCACCCAAGUUCCGCGGCAAUGGCCAGCCAAUUGUGGCCGUUCUGCCACGCAGUGCUAGCUUUGGGUAUCAUGUAACCCGUGUCGGUGCCGAGGAUGCAGACGAGGGACUCAACGCGGAGAUACGCUAUCGUCUGUUGAAUGAACCCACUCGCCUGUUUGGCGUCGAUGAUCUUACGGGCAACAUUCGCCUACUGGGCGAUCUACCGCUGGACGAGCGCAUCUACGGUUUCGAUGUGAAGGCCACCGAUCGCAUGGGUGCCGACGAUGGACGCAGCGGCAUUGUCAAUGUCUUCGUCUACAUCAUAGACGAGGCCAAGCAGGUGCGUCUCGUCGUGGCCGGCAAGCCGGUGGAUGUUGAGCGGCGCAUCGAUAGCCUAAUGGAAGCACUAAGCGGCGCUAUUGGAAAAGAUGUUCGAGUUCGUCUGCUGGAACCGAAUUCAAGCGGAACCGAAGUGGCCACUAAUGCCUACAUCUAUGCCGUGGAUCCACACACCAAUUCAAUUGUGGAAAUGGAGCAGCUGCAAGAAUCCUUGGCCGGCUUACAGUUGGAUGCCUUGCAGCUGCAGCAGCUGCAGCAGCAGCAUGUGGACAGCAGUAUGGCUAUGCCGCGAAUCAUCGAAUUGGCCGAGUUUGGGCAGGCACCGCGACCCACGCACGCAUCCAACUCCAGCUAUGUGGGCGGCCUGGAAUUUGUGACUCUGGUGCUGCUGGCGCUGAUCAGUCUGGGUGCCAUUAUAGCCGCCUGUUGCUAUCUAUGCCUGCGACAAAAACGCCAGCUGUGGUCACAGCGCGACUUUGCCGCCUCCGAAGCCGGACUCACCUAUACAAUAGCCGGCAUCAACCAGUCUCGCACGCAGCAGCGACGCCAGCGCCAGCUGCGGCACAAUCAGCGCUGCAGCAAGGGCGGGAGCAGCAGCAACGGGCAGCGCCCGACAAGCGCCUUCAUGCCCGAAUCGGUGUGCUCCUCGGCUCAGACGCAGUCGACAGCAACGGCCACGGAGAAACUGGAACAGCAGCUGCACCAGCAUCAUCAGCAACAGGCGCUGGUCACACAGCAACAGCAUCAUCAGUACCUGAACGAGCAGCAGCAGUGCCAGCGGGAAUAUAUAGAUGUGCCGCUGCCCAAGUCCAUUGCCAAGGCGGCAGCGGCAGCAGCAGCAGCAACUACUGCCGAUGGCAAUGCUCCAUUUGUGCUCAAAUACAAUUCCUGUCAGCCAGUGAACAACCUUAACAAUUAUGAAACGUCGCUUUUCUCGCUGCACUCCACUGGCCAGGAUUCGGGCGUGGAGUUUCUCAGUAGUCGUGAGCUGUAUGAGACAUCGCCUGACUCCUUUCAGCACGGCAGCUCCAAGCGUGCCAGCAAUGCGGAGCUGCUCUGUCCCAGACAUGCCAAAGCGCACAUGGAGCUCCGCCAGAAUCCACACACGGACAGCAGUGAUACCUACGAGGACUCACUGAAAACGGAUGAGCCGCUGGUGACGCACAAUUGCCGCACUGGCAACUGUGAGCAUCGUACGCAUCUUCAGCAUCAGCAUCCGAAUCCGCAUUAUCAGAACACCAAGUUCGAGAAGCGCUCAUCCUGUGUGCGUCAUUCGUUUUCGGGCGUCAAGGAUGAUUUAAUGCAGCAUUCGCCACAAAUAUCACUACGUCCACGGGGACACGCGCUGCGCAACUCGAUGAAUGAUUUGGAGGAGCGGUUACAUAACCUGGAGCAGUCGUUUCGACGUCCGCUCGAGUUUAGCAAAUCGAACUCAUUGUUUUAGUUACUAAGUAAACCAAGUGCAAUGUUUAGUGUGUAGUUAAAGAAUCAAGUGCAAUAAAAUAAGCUUUCUUUA